CGCUGCCUUGGACCUGCGGGAGAGUGGGAGAAUUUUCCUGUAACAAAAAAAAUCUGGAUAUAAAAUCCAAUCUUAGCUGAUUUGUUCCAAUGCCAGACCCCUUUGGCUAAAACGAGAGCUUAUUUUGGAACUUAGUGUUUUACGCCAUGGCCGGAGCUACCUCUAGAAUUCCGAUGAGUCGCCGGAUUUUGAUGUUUGACAAUUAUGGCUCGGAGAAUUCUGAUGAAUCCGCCACGAUAUUGGCCGGUACUAUUUUUGAAUUUCUUGAUGAAAACAGUGAAGAGCCGGUCGAGGGCAGUACUGAUAGCCAUGAUUUUGGUGAGAAUGAAGACAUCAAUGAAGAUGAGGAGAAAGAAAAUACUGGAAAUGUUGAAGUUGAUAUGACUUUCUGGGAAACUCAACAGCAACUUCUACAUGAAACCUUACGUAGGAGUAGCUCUUUGGAAUCAAGGAUCCGAAAUGCCACCAAGGAAGCAUUAAAAGAAGUACAAAUCGCAGAAAUUUUUUGUGCUUGUCGGAAACCAGCUACUGGUGGUUGUCGGAAUUGUCUCAUGAGAAAAAUAUGUUGCUGUCUUCAAACUGCCGGUUUUGACAGUACUAUUUGCAAGUCUAAGUGGAAGAGUUCACCACAUAUUCCUUCAGGUGAACACACCUUUUUGGAUGUUGUGGACAACUCAAGCUCUAAGAAAGGAGAGGUCAGAGUGAUAAUUGAGUUAAAUUUUCGAGUUGAGUUUGAGAUGGCUAGAGCGAGUGAAGAGUACAACAAGCUCAUCACAAGACUCCCUGAAGUGUUUGUUGGAAAGGUUGAGAGAUUGCACAAUCUCAUCAAGAUCUUGUGCUCUGCUGCAAAGAAAUGCAUGAAGGACAAUAAAAUGCACAUUGGUCCAUGGAGGAAGCACAAAUACAUGCAAGCCAAGUGGCUUAGCACCUGUGAAAGGAGGAUAUCUACCCCAAUCUUGUCGACACGACACUCUGCACAUACCCCUAGGCCAAAGGCAUCAAUGCUAACGGUAGACUUGUUGGAGAACUUGUCCAAUUUGAAUAGGCCCGCAGUUCAAGUCGUGUGACUGUGAAUGUGACAUUUCAUCCCGGAUCGGCCAUCUCUAUAGGCCAUGGCGGAGAAGGAAGGAGGAAUCAUCAAGAAGGGUCAUGAGAAGGGCACAAAAAUGGCAGUCUCUAUUCUCAAACAGUUUGAGCUUUCCACAGGGCUCCUUUCUCUGGCUGAUGUGAUCGAAAUGGGUUUUGUGAGCAGCACUGGCUACAUGUGGAUCGUGCAAACGAAGAAAGUGGAGCACAAGUUCAAGUUGAUUAGCAAGCUUGUUAGUUACGACACUGAAUCAAUUGGUUUUGGAGUGUUUUGGAAAGAUAGUUAAAAGUUGACUUUCAGCUUUUAAUCAAAUUUUUUAGCUUUUUUAAAAAGUGAUUUGGGAAGUUGAUAAAAAGUUGCUUUUGACUUUUUUGGUUAAUAUUUGUUUAAGAUAUCACAUAACAAUAAAAUAAACAAAUUACCCCAUCCAAUUUAAGAAAUUUACAUUUUCACCCAUAUAUAACCCUAAACAACAUGAAAGGUAUAAUUGUAAUUUCACAAGUAACUUUUUUGAAUCUUCCCAAAUGACUUUUAUGUUAAACAAGCCAAUCUAACUUUUUUGGACAAGCUGCAAAACGCAACUUUUAACCCAAGUUCCCAAAUGGGCACUAUGUAAAGAAAAGGCGAAUCAAGAAGAUUAAGGGAGUGAAGGCUAAGGAGCUGAUGUCGUGGCCUCCUGUUAGUGAGAUCAUUGCAGAUAAGCCACCCACUCAGAAGAUUCACUUCAAGAGCUUGGCUGGGAUCACAAAAACUUUCCCAAUUGAGGCAUUUGUGGCUGGUCAGUAAUACAAGGGCUUGUUUGGUAGUCCAUUUCACACACAAAAAACAAGUUCUAUAUGGUUAGGGCUUUACAAGGAUGAAUUUAUUAUAUAUUUU